AAGCGUCAAAAGACACAAAGACAGUGAUUAAAAAUCUGUGUCAGUUUUCAGCAUUGAUAGAGGUUGAGAAAGGUCAAGAGCAGAUGUUAGACAGCAAUGAAGAAACAGAAGAAGACAGAAGUAAACAAGAGGCAGUAACAGCAAGGGCAGAAACAAGGAUAAGGCAGGACAAGACCAAUGAUGGAGACGUGGUGUUAGAAGAACACCAGGUAGUGUCCACUACUGAUGGUGCAGAGCAUUUUCAGGACUCAGGUACUUUUGUAGAAGAGUCAGGAGAGGCUACAGAGUUGCCUGCUGAUGACACAAACGAAACAGAAGCUGUUACUCUACCCACUAAUGGCGAAGUAACAGAAAGCAUUGGGGAUCCAACAACAGAUAUGGCCUCUGUUACCACAGGGAUAAAUUAUCAAGUCAACAAUCAAAAAGAUGUGUGCCAAACCUUAAAGGUUAGCAACAAUGGCAUACCUUUUGAAACAAUUUGCACAAUUGAAGUGGUAGCUUAUGAGACCAAUCACUUAACCAGUGAGAAUAAAGAUCACAUGAAAAAGAGUGGCGGGAAGGCCAUUAACAAUAACAUCACAUGGCAACAGAAGGAUUGCAUAGAGGCAAAGGUUGAAGAUGAGGGAACUAAAGAGUUUGUACAAGAUGCAAUGUUUGCUUCUGAUGAUGUUCUAGACAUAGGGGGUGAAGCAAACCAGAAGGCAGAGCAACCAGACUUGGCCGUUGUACCCUCAGAACUGACAGAAGGAGGGAUUGAGAAUGCAAGACAAGUAGGGAUCAACCAGCAGGAGCAAGAGGAAGAGCAUAUCCGACAGGCUGGGGAUAAUACUCUAACAGUGAUGGAUGGGGUAGGACAGGGUACAAAAGAGGAGGGGACGGCAGGUGAUACUGUUUUUAGAGCAUUAAUGGAUAAGGAGCAAGAAGAGACGAUUGUUCAAGUUGAAAAUCUGUCUAAGAUAGAUCUUUCAGAACCAGUACUGCACCGUGUGGAGGAGGUACCUUUAGAUACACAGCAAGAUGUGGAUUUAGACCAGGUGGAGGAAGCCUUUGAACUGGAAGAGGGAGGUAAAGUUGAACCUGAUAAGCCAAAAGGUGAGGUCACAUUAGAGGAGAAUGAGUUGACAACAGAGAUGAGAAGUAAUUUGCAAGAACAUCCUUCGCAGCACCUCAAAGAAGCAGGAGCAGCUUGGGUAGAAAACUUAAGAGAACAGUUAAGACAGCAGGCCCUUGUACAAGACGAGAAGGGAGGAGGAGCACAAGAAGAAGCAAUGGAGGGAGAUUUAGAGAUGGCGGAAGAGCCCGUGACUGUUUUAGAUGAUGAGUUUGAAGACAUAGAGGAGAACAUGACUAGCGAACUUGAAGAACAAAAGUCUGCCACCAUUACAGCCCCUUCUAAAGAUACCAUAGCCAAGACAAAAGAUGAAGAGGAUCAAAAACUGCAAGGAGAGAUGGUUGAACCUGGUAAAAAGAAUGACGUGAAACAGAAUGAUGAAAUAGCAGAACGUGAGUUGGAUAAAAAUGGAAGAGUUAAAGGACUGAAGGAAGCAAUGGAGAAUGGGAUCUUGUCUCCUGAUCCGCAGCCGCUAAGGAAAGAAGAAUGGGGGACAACAAAAGUGCUGUCACCCAGGAGAAAAGAUAGUGACUGGAUUAAACAAAAUGAAAGUGAGGAAGAGAGAGCAUCAGACAUGAAAGACUGGAGGAGAGAACUGAGGCCUGUGAAAAAAGACAUCUGGGAAUCUGAGAGGUUAAGAAAAGUUGAACAGUUGAAACAGGAAAAGAAGGAAUCCCCAGCAGAAGAGAAAAGUCCACCAAGGAAGGAGGACUGGAUAAAGGAGCUGAAGUCAGUGAUCAAAGACGAAUCCCGACCUAAAAAAAAGGAUGAGCAGCUGAAGAAAAAGCGAGUGGUGCUGUUGGAGGACGGCCAUUCGUACAUUCCCCAGCGAGAGGAGAUGACCGAGGAAAAAAAGGAGGAGGUGAAACUGAUCUACCAUAAGAGGGCGGGGAGCCCUUUGCCUUCUGUGUGCGGGAACAGCAGAACACCCCAAGACCAGGACUAUAAGAUUGCGCUCUAUGUCAAGGCGGGAAGUGAUGGGGAGAGCAUUGGCAACUGUCCAUUCUCUCAGAGACUCUUUAUGAUCCUCUGGCUUAAAGGGGUCAUCUUCAACGUCACCACUGUCGACCUCAAACGGAAGCCGGCUGACCUGCAGGACCUCGCUCCAGGAACUAACCCGCCUUUUGUGACCUUUAACGGCGAGGUCAAGGUCGAUGUCAACAAGAUAGAGGAGUUCCUGGAGGAGAAACUCACCCCACCACGCUACCCCAGGCUGGCUCCCAGACAUCCUGAAGCCAACACAGCUGGCAUCGAUGUGUUCGCCAAGUUCUCAGCUUACAUCAAAAACCCGAGGAAAGACACCAACGACGCCUUAGAGAAAGCCUUGCUGAAGUCUCUCCGGCGUCUUGAUGACUUCUUGAGGACUCUCCUGCCUGAGGAGAUCGAUGCUGAUGCCGAAGGAGACCUGCCCGAGUCCACCAGGAGCUUCCUAGAUGGGUCUGAGCUCACCCUGGCCGACUGCAAUCUGCUGCCUAAACUACACAUUCUUAAGGUCGUAGCCAAGAAAUACCGGGGCUUUGAGAUUCCAGGGGACAUGAUAGGGGUGUGGAGGUAUUUAAACAACGCCUAUCAGAGGGAGGAGUUCACCAGCACCUGCCCAGCUGAGAGGGAGAUCGAAUUUGCCUAUCUGGAUGUUGCAAAACGAAUCAAAUAAGAGGAAGAGUGGGAAAUGACGUAAAGAAUUAGGAUGAAAUGAGUCAUGCAUACCUGCCGGUGGAUACAACAAGUAGACAGUAAAAAAAGAAACAUGACAAGAGAGAUGAGAGUCAAGAAGAAGUAAGAAAUGGGUGAAACUGAUGAUGUGGAAAUAAAUCGAACUGUUGAAUCCUGAUGAAUUUACAGAAAUAUAUAGGGGAGGAGGCUAAGAAUAAGAAUAUAGUGGCUAGGCCGAUCCAGGCUAAUACUAACACAUCUAUUAACUCCUUUCCAAGUUUAAGAUCUCUGCAUCAUCUUGGAAGUGGAACCCUGAUUAUCUGUAUGUGUGCAAAUGUAUGUUUCUACAGUAUGUGUGUGUGUGUGUGUGUGUGUGUGUGUGCUCUCACAGGUUGGGUUGCACAGUCAUCUAUUAUAUCUUUAUGCUAAUCAUUUAUAAUUAUGACAACCAGUUAUUGGAUCGUUGCAGAAUUAAUUCGAGAAUUUAUAUUGUUUUUUUGUUUCACUUUUCAGACAAUGGCAGGGCCAAGUUCAGUGCAAAGACUAAGCAUUACUAUUCUCUGUAUUAGAAACCAUUUAUUCCAUUUUUAGCUUAGUUAACACUUAAAUUUUAAGCUAGAAUUUCAAGUGCGCUCAAUUUCAGUUUGACAAACAAAAGGGGUUUAGAUAAUGUGGAUAAACUGUUUCUGGAACCUUCAAAAAAAAUAUGACUGCAUUGAUAAUUUAAGAUUAGCUAUUAAAAAUAUAUAUAUUUUGCACAUUUUGCAUUGGCCUGUGUCUGCUGGCAGUGCAUGACAAAUUCAGUCUCUGCAGAAACUACGAAAAUAAUACUCAAGGUUUAACAAAACAGAAUUUCAUCAAGUAAGGCUUAAAGGAUUAAAUCCAUUCGUAAAUUUUAUUGGAACUGACAUGCGUUAAACUCUUCCUCUUUAUAUUUUGCUCCUUCUGCACCCAAAGUUCAGUUAUCUGUCCGCAGAGGCACACUGUGUAUACAAUACAUCUGACUGAUUCCAUUUUCUUCAAUGAACAUCUCUGUCUUUAUGUUAUUGAUGAAUCAGUAGUCAAAUUUAAAAGAAAUGUGUUUAAUGUCAAGGCUAUUUGUAUGUUUUAUAAGCAGUUUAUUUUCUGAAUGUGUACUCUCUGUACUGAUGCAAUGACACUAUUUACUCAUAUUGUGAUUUUCUGUGACAUAUCUAUUUUGUAUCUAAUGCUACUGACUGGCUGAGUGGUGACAGGCCUUGGUGUGGGUUGGUUUGGUGAUGAUGACUUUUUGAUUGAGACAUUGUUUAGUUCAAAAGACUUACUGACCUCCAGUGUAAUCCUGGGUCACUUCCCAAAGUCCUUUCUCCUCUCUCUAGCUGCAGUGUUAGUGCUAUCCCUUUCGACCUUUAUCAGUCAAAAACAACGCCUCCUGCUGUGGUAAUUUACUAUUUUGAAUAAUUUAAUAACAAAAUAACUUGACUGAUUUUGUUUGGCAAUGUCAGAAUUCAAAAACAAAAGUUUUUUUAUUAAAAUUUUUAUGUCUUAAAAAGGUAACUUUGCAAUUUUUUUUACCUGGAUGAACAGAGUCUGGCUUUGAUGAGAGUGAUAUGAAGGUCUCCCUCUGUAGGAAUCCCUUCCAUAAUGUUGUCGGACACUUAUAACAAGAAAAAAAACAAGCACUUUAGUGGAUGCACUUUGACGGGGUGCUAUUUUCCACAAGGUCCCAGGUCCAGAUUAAAGAAGUUACCCUUUAGGACAUAUAUGUUCUGUUUUAUCCUUGAAUGCAGCUUUAGUUCAUUAAAAUCACUUGUUUCAUCGGUGGACAGAAGUGGUUUUAGUAUGUGUUUUCACCAAACCACCGCUUUAUAUAGACAUUUCCAGUCAUUCAUUGUUUGGCAGAUAUGUUUUUGGCACCAAACCAACCCUGACACCAGCCUGCUGUGUUCUGGCCUUAUAUCCUCUCUGGGGAGAAUCUUUAUUAAACUGAUUUUAUCACUA